UACGUACGCCAGUCACCAGGGGAAAUGAAAAUCAAUACAAAAAUACGACAAAUACAUUCAUAUUCAUCAUACAUGCCUUAUAAAAGACGUAAAACUGUCCAGAGUAAUGGAAUGAAAAAAGGUUUAAAAACUAAGCGUAAGAACAGGGAUCUCGAUCAGAUUGAUGACGAUUUGCAACCAGAGAAUGCUAAAAAAUUAUUAAAUCAAGAUAUUGAUUUUGAUAAACCUGGUAGUGGACAAUUUUAUUGUGUCGAGUGUUCGAGGCAUUUUAUUGACGAAGAGGCUCGGGACAAGCAUCGGCGAUCAAAAGUCCACAAGCGGAGACUAAAAGCCCUGGAGAUAACGCCGUACACUAUCGAGGAGUCAGAACGCGCAGCAGGACACGGCAGCUGGGUGACUCCCGCAAAGAGAAAAAUAGAAACGCUGACGAGAGAUAAACUGGAGCAAGAUCUUGAGCCCAAGAGAAUGAGAACCAGCUCAACAUAA